GUCGAAGGCGGACAGACUCAAGUCGGAGGGCAAGAGCUUCUACUUUCAAGUGGGAUCUGCAGCGGGCUCGAGCGGAAGCACCUGGGCGAUCUUCGCCGAGGAGCUGGCCGAGGCGAUCGCGUUGGUGACGGCUAGCAGGUCAGACUCAUUUUCGGGAGUGACGCUGCGGUCGAUGGCAGACCAGGCUCUGGUAGACACGGCAGCGGCCCAGGCUUUGAUCGGCGUCCCGGACCUCAAGCAUCUCAAGUCGGCUUUCAAGGAGAAGGGCUUCAAGGUGCACGUUAGGUACCAGGACGAUCUUCCUUUCGCCAGCGGCGUCGGAGGGCGCGUCCGCCCGGUCGCCAAAGCUUUCGUUCCAGUAUCAUUUCACGGCUGUGGGGUCUUGGAAUUUCUCGUGUUGCCGCAUCCUUGUCCUCCCUUGUUGCCAGCAGGGUUCCUGGACUUCAUGUCGGCCAAGAUCGACCUAGCGGCCAACCAGAUGACGGUGGGAACGGACGACACCACCGCGCUGGAUAUGACGAAGCUCCCAUCAGGCCACCGCACGAUCGGUCUGAUCGGCAAGUCCCCGUCGGAUUUCGUUCUCGACCCUGAUCUGGCCCAGGAGUUUCCGUCUUUUCGGAUCGGCUCGGAGAGCGCCUGGGCCAUGAGCGUGUCGAGCGGCUCAGACAGGUGGGGGCGGGGCGGCAACAAGCUGAGGCUGGUGUUCACCAAGCCCCGGCGUGCCAUGCCAGUGAAGAAGGAUCUGAGUGAGUCUCCCGUUCCGUCGAGCUUUCUGGAAGACGAGGUGGUCACGACUUGCAGGUUCAAGAAUCCCGACGGGAUCUACGUCGAGCACAUUUUCGAGGGCUCGGUAUCCGACCUCGAGGACGAUGCGAAGCUCAUGCCGGACUACUGGGUCGGGCACGUGGAGUUUCAGGUGACGGUGCCGCCUGCGCAGGUUGUCAAGAAGGGCGCCAAGCCGGGUUCGAGGUCAGUGGGGAACCUGCUGGGGCGCACGCGCGCCCCGAUCAGGAACGCAGGCGGGCUCGCUCUACCGACGCACUACGAGGAGCCGGCCGAGAGCGAGAUCGAGGAGAACUGGGGCGUCACGCCGGAUCCCUGGAAAGACACGCAGCUGCAGCAGAUCGACUACUCGGAGGUGGAGCUCAGCGAGGUCGAGAAGGGUCUGGUCAACGAGGGCGGGUUUAUGUUCACGCCCGCGGAGACGGGCUGGCGCCGCUUCGCGCUGAAGCUGCUGGCAGUACUGACCUCGUGCGCUCAGUCGAGGCUGAUCUCCGUGCUCCCCCCCUCGGCGAUGCCGGCGAUGGCCAGCAGGAAGAUCUUCGCGACCGAGAUCUGCCCGCGCCCCCUUGAGCACCGCAAGCGCCGGGCCAACCAGCAUGCGGCCUGGAUCGUCUGCCAGCUGUGCAACAAGCGUCUUUCGUGUCACUCCAAGACGGUCGAAGAGAAGCUCGAGGCCAAGAUCAAGAAGGAGUGCGAGAAGACCGAGAAGUCACGGAAGGCCAAGAACGAGCAGGACAUGAUCAGGGAGGCGGCGGAGGCCUACCACGCGAAGCAGGAGCACGUGAAGCAGGAGACUCUCGACGAGCCGGGUGCCCAGGAGGUUCCACCUCAUCAGCCGACUUACCGCGGGGCUGUGCCCAUCAGCUCUGCGUGCCCGGUGUUUCCCCGCAGCGAGGGGCAUCCAGGAGUGCCGAACCACCUCUCUUGGAAGGGGCCGCCGCCGGGCUACGUGGCGAUCGACCUCGAGGGGCCGGCCGCGACGAAGGCACCUCCGACGGCACGCAAGUCCUCUGGGGUCGCGCACCUGACGCGUGCCCAGGGCCAGAGCGGAACGCUGAGGAACCAGAACCCGACGGUCGAGAGUCACCUGAUGGAGGCGCUCUUGCAGAACCAAGAGUCCAACCGCAAGGAGAUUCUGGAGUACAUGUUCGCACAGAGGCAGGAGUCGCAGGCGACGAGGGAGCAGUUCGAGCAGCUGAUGAAGGCGCCUCUCGUGAGCAGCUGCCUGGCUCAGGACAAGCUGGACGGCGACCUGGUGGCGAGUGAGCCGCCACAGGCUCCUGAUUCUGCUGACGCCGGGUCCUCCAUAUUCGAGGCUUCGACGAAGAUCGAGGCCGAGUCUGCGCGCGCGAUGGCAGGCUCCACGGACGCCAGGCUCUCGGACGAGGCGCAGUGGCAGGCCGAGGACCUCGGCCCGAGCGAGAAGGCCCAGUGGUUGGUCUACCUCGCUCUUCGAGCCGCGGACAGCCGUGCGAUGGAGUGUCCUAG